AUGGUACAGUCUAUGAAGUUCACGAAUAUCACCAACGCUGUAAUCCACGAUAUUCAUCUCUUAAACAGCAAGUCUUUCCACAUCAGCAUAUUUAGGUCCCAAGGAAUUCAACUUCACAACCUCAAUAUCAGGGCUCCAGGGGACAGCCCCAAUACAGAUGGAAUACAUAUCAGUUCAUCCACAAACAUCAAUAUCACAAUUUCUACCAUAGAUGUAGGUGAUGACUGUGUAUCAAUUGGAGAAGGCAGCAAUGAUAUCUUCGUCUCGGGCAUAUUCUGUGGCCCAGACCAUGGAAUCAGCAUUGGUAGCCUUGGUAAACGUGCACAAGAAAAGUCUGUAAUUGGUGUACUUGUGACAAAUUGCACUCUCAAUGGUACCACAAAUGGCGUAAGGAUUAAAACAUGGCCUGAAUCACCAAUACUUGAAGCUUCCGAUAUCACAUUCGAAGAUAUCAUAAUGGACAGAGUUUCUAAUCCAAUUAUCAUCGACCAAAAAUACUGUCCAGUCCAUCCCUGCACAAAGAAGCCCUCACGAGUACAGAUCAGCCAUGUUAGGUACAAAAACAUCACCGGCACUUCUUCAAGCAAGUUUGCAAUCAAUCUUAAGUGCAGUGUGGCUGUUCCAUGCCAAGAAAUGCAAUUUACUGAUAUCAACUUGGGGCCUAUGGACCCCACCUUUAAGGUAAUGUCCUGUUGCUCUAACGUCAAUCGAGGAACCACUUCAGGUGUACAAAAUCCACCACCUUGCCAAACUCAAUGCAAGGACUCUUGAUUAGUUCCCAAGAAAUGCUGCAUGUAUCUAUAUGGUAGCAUUUAAGUUGGAAGAGAAUCAUCAUGUAAUUAGUCCCAUCUCUUACAGGUGUAUUAGGGCCUUUGGGCGCAUUCAUUCAUCAUUGUGGUGCUUGGACACAAUAUCUU